UUCGCAUCCUCUCGACCUAAACUUGUUUCUUCUCUCGUCUUUUAAUGGCGAUCGAUUGCCUCGUACUCGGUGCUGGGCAAGAGAUUGGGAAGAGCUGUGUUGUAGUGACUAUCAAUAACAAAAAGAUAAUGUUUGAUUGCGGGAUGCACAUGGGCUGCGACGAUCACAAUCGAUACCCAGAUUUCUCCAUCCUCUCCAAGUCCGGUGAUUUCGACAAAACCAUCUCUUGUGUCAUCAUCACUCACUUUCAUAUGGAUCAUGUUGGUGCGCUUCCUUACUUCACGGAGGUUUGUGGGUACAAUGGUCCAGUGUACAUGUCGUAUCCCACAAAGGCUUUGUCUCCGUUGAUGCUUGAGGAUUACAGGAGGAUUAUGGUGGAUAGAAGAGGCGAGGAGGAGCUUUUCACUUCUGCUCAUAUCGCUAGUUGCAUGAACAAAGUAAUUCCAUUGGAUUUGAAGCAAACGAUUCAAGUUGAUGAAGAUCUUCAAAUCCGUGCCUAUUAUGCAGGGCAUGUUCUUGGAGCAGUUAUGGUUUAUGCAAAGGUGGGAGAUGCGGCGAUUGUGUACACGGGAGAUUACAAUAUGACUACAGAUAGACAUCUGGGAGCAGCUAAAAUCGACAGGCUUCAGUUGGAUCUUCUCAUAUCAGAGUCCACAUAUGCAACUACCACUCGCGGCUCAAAAUAUCCCCGGGAGAGAGAGUUUCUUCAAGCUGUUCAUAAAUGUGUUGCUGGCGGAGGGAAAGCUUUGAUUCCUUCGUUUGCUCUUGGAAGGGCUCAGGAACUCUGCAUGCUGCUCGAUGAUUACUGGGAGCGCAUGAAUAUAAAGGUUCCAAUUUACUUCUCAUCAGGUUUGACCAUCCAAGCAAAUAUGUAUUACAAAAUGCUCAUCAGCUGGACAAGCCAGAACGUCAAAGAAAAGCAUGUUACCCAUAACCCAUUUGAUUUCAAGAAUGUUAAAGAUUUCGAUCGAUCUCUUAUACAUGCACCUGGGCCAUGUGUUCUCUUUGCCACCCCCGGUAUGCUCUGUGCCGGAUUCUCACUGGAAGUGUUCAAGCAUUGGGCCCCUUCACCCCUGAAUCUCGUUGCCCUGCCCGGAUACUCUGUGGCUGGUACCGUUGGUCACAAACUGAUGUCUGGUAAACCGACCACGGUUGAUCUCUACAAUGGCACCAAGGUUGAUGUCCGUUGCAAGAUACAUCAAGUGGCUUUCAGUCCUCACACAGAUGCAAAAGGAAUAAUGGAUCUCACAAAGUUUCUAUCCCCAAAGAACGUUGUACUCGUGCACGGGGAAAAACCUAGCAUGAUGUCUCUUAAGGAUAGAAUAACCUCAGAGCUUGACAUCCCCUGUUUCGUCCCUGCCAAUGGCGAAACAGUUUCAGUCGCUUCGACCACUUUUAUAAAAACAAACGCUUCUGAUAUGUUUCUUAAAAGCUGCUCUACCCCAAACUUCAGAUUCUCAAACUCCUCUACUCAGCUCCGUGUUACAGACGAUAGAACAUCAGAUGGGGUUUUGGUAAUAGAGAAGAGCAAAAAGGCAAAGAUUGUUCACCAAGAUGAAGUCUCUGAGGUUUUACAUGAGAAAGACCAUGUGGUCUCUUUGGCUUAUUGUUGUCCUGUUAAAGUUAAUGAAGAAUCAGAUGAGUCUGGUCUGAUAAAACAGAUGUCGGUAAAGAUCUCGGAGACAGUGUCUUGUGCUGACAUCCAUGAAUCUGAGACCUGUUUGCAGGUUGGAUCUUUCAAGGGCUCUUUGUGUCUGAAAGAGAUGUGUGUGCAUAGAAGAGGGAUGAGUAGUAGCAGCAGUGAAGUUAAGUUCUUGUGUUGCAACUGGUCUGUUGCAGAUUUAGAGCUUGGUUGGAAAAUCAUCAAUGCUAUGAAACAAAAUCUGUGAAAACAAGUGUUCAAUUUUGCUUAAUGUAAAACACAAUAUUUCAAUUAUUUAAUAUGUUAAACGGUUUUCCUAAAUUUUACUGGUAAAGACAACAAGACAUUUGCUUCGGUUUUGAAAUCUCUACACAAGUUUUGCUCUGUUUUCCCAAAUCUUUUGGUUUCUUGUACGUUGUCAUUUUGUCUUGUUUAGGCUUCCCUUGCUGGAAUAGAUCUAUGUGUUUGCCUCCCCCUUCAUAAUCUCCCUUCUUUAUGCCGUUGCAGGAAAUGUAUGAUCAUGAACAGACUCUCAAAAGUUAAGGUACAGAGACUAACAAAGGCGAUGGAGGUAGAGGCAAAGAAGAUACAAAGAGAAGUAACUGCAAUGGAG